CCCUAAUUUUCCUUCUUCUCCCGAGAAUCUUUCAUCUUCGUCUUCUUCUUUAGUUUUCCUUAAUAUCCAGAGAAGCAAGCAUGGAUUAAUGGCGUAAGGUAAGAAAGAUCUUGUGUAGUAAAUUUUGAAGCCAUCUUAUUCAGAGUCAGAGCUCGCUUUCUCUGUCUAAUGGCGUUGCUACUCGGCGAAGACGGCCGGGGUUACGACCUUGCUCGGAAGCUCGAGAGCCUUGGGGUGUGGCGGACGUGGCUUGGUGAUGCUCUCUAUUCCAGUUUCAUCCAUUGCCUCACUUCCCCGUCGUCAUGGGACGUCUUCAUGAGCACGGAUGAUUCGAAAUCUAGGGCACAAAUCCAACUCCAGCUCAGGGUUCGGGCUCUUCUAUUCGAUAAAGCCUCCGCCUCUCAAUUGCUCCGACCGCCUCUGCAGUCUUCUUCUUCGUCCAUAAUUUCGAAGCUUAAUCCGAAUUAUUUGCAGUUACACGGCGAUGACAUUUACUUCAGUUACGAAGAUUGUCCUCAAGAUGAACAACAACAACAACAACAACGGGACAGUACUGCCGGUUCUAAGAAACCACAACAGAAGCCCCAAUCAAAGGCAUCAUCAGUAAGUGUUGGUUCAAGAUAUGGUGGUGACAAAGAUAUGGACAAUUCGUCUCAGAGGUUGAGACAUGAUGAAUUUCCAGAGACAUGGUAUAAUCAGUUCUUUGAGAAAUAUAGAGUUACUAAACCAUAUAGAAUCGCCUCAGCUGACCAGGAAGGUGACAAACGUACACCUGAGAAGAUGUCGUCUUUUAUUAUAACCAAUGAGAAGAUCAAGAAAAGGAGAGCAGCAUUCAAGGAAGAUGAGACCAAUAAUGCUAUCAAUAAUCGCGUGACAAAAAGUAGGAUCUCCACUUUGGACGAAACCGAAGCAAUCGAUGAUGAUUCUGUUUUUUUCCCUGAAAUAAUGUUCCCCUUUAACUGUGUCCCCUCUAGUACAUUUCCACCUAUGCGUCGAUUGGAGCAAAACCGCAAAAUAGAUUUUAAUGGAAUACUUGAUAGUCUACCAAAAAUGAUGGCGAAGAACCAUACUAUGAUUGAGAGACUUGGAAUCAGACCAGAGAACAUGGGCAUGGAGCAGCAGGGAGGAAAUCAAUUCCAUGGGAAAGCCUGGGAUGAAGGGAAGAGAAGACAGUUGAGUGAAAAACAGGCAUCAGAAAUGUCUAGGAAGGUGAUAGCCCGUAAUUUAACUGAGAUAGGGUUUGAUAGCUCAUGUAAAACUUCGGUGGAUGUGUUAUCCCAGCUCCUGAGCUCUCAUACAUGUAAGCUGGGACGUGUUCUGAGGAUGCUUACUGAUAAUUACAGAAAGAAAUGCUCAGCCGUUGAACUGGUCAAGAUGUUCCUUCAAACAACAGGAUAUAGUAAUUUAGGAGGAUUAGCAGAGAUUGUGAAGGAUAAUUCAAGAAACAACCCUGUGCAACAAACUCAGCAGCAACAACUACAGUUGAUCCAGUCACAAUUACAUCCGCAAUUCCAGGCACAGCUUAGACAAUCUCAACAAUUGCAGCAGGUUACAAGACAGAUGCAUCCACAAAUGCAGAUGCAAAUGCAACAAAUACAGUUGCAAAUGCAGAUGCAACAGAUGCAGCAGCAGCAGAUGGCUCAGCCGCAAAACCUAGUAUUCCAGCAGCAGCAACAACAACAAAUGGAAAGGAUUAGAAGGCGUCAACCAGCUGCUGCUGCUGCUGCUGCUAUUAGUAGUAGUACUACUACUACAACUACUACUACUACGACUAAUAGUACCCCUCGGACGAUGGUCCAAGUGAAGCUUGAAAACCCAUCGGAGUUCACACCUUCUCCUAUGGAAACCAAUAAUAAUAAUACAUUUGGAGGAGGAGCAACAGCAGCAGCAGGAGGGAUGAUGAAUAUAAGGCAUCCCCACCAGUUGCAAUUCCAGCAACAUCAUCAGAUUGCAGCAAUGUCAAACUUCCAGGCGCAAUCCACCAAUCAAUAUCGACAAUCAGCCAUAUUACCCGCCGCCACCGCCUCCCAUCAUCAGAUUCCUCAAGUCCAAACACCGACUAGUAAUAACGGAGGAAAUAGCAGUUUGAUGAGGGCACAACCGGUGAAAGUAGAGGGAUUCCAAGAGUUGAUGGGUGGGGAUUUGGCGACAAUAAAGCUCGACAACAACAGCUCAGCAGAAGGGAAUGGAAAAAUAACUUCUCCUCCUCUUCCUCAACCUCCAAAGUAAGACAGACAACAAACAGACACAAUUCUUAAGUCAAUAGAUUGUCUGUAACAUUUGUUAUUUAUAUCUACUACUACUUUAGGGUCAAUAGGUUUGAUUAUUAUUAUAUAUGGAUGGAGCUUUUGCAUCUUAUUCUUGUAUAUAGUAAUAAGUAGUUCAGCACAUUAUUCACAAGAUAUCUCUUGUACAACUCGGGAAAAUGCACUCACAUGUCAUGCAAUACUAUCAUACAAUUCAUUUUUUAUUGACAAUUUCUGUCCUUGGUA